GCCUCGCUCUGGUCCCUGCGGCUGGCGGCCGAGCCUUGUGCCUCCGCCAUAUUGUCUGUGUGCGGCCGGCGGGCGGGCGGAGAGCGGGCGGAGAGCGGGCGGCCGCGGCAGGUGAAGAAUCUGAGGGCUUUCUCCUCAGUGCAGCUGUGCAGGUGGGGAGCCUCUGAGCUCAGGCAGCUCUCCCUUUCCACCUGCCAUCCUGUCUGAUAUGUCGGGACCCGUGCCGAGCAGGGCCAGAGUUUACACGGAUGUGAACACACACAGACCCCGGGAGUACUGGGACUAUGAGUCACACGUGGUGGAGUGGGGAAAUCAAGAUGAUUACCAGCUAGUUCGGAAACUAGGCCGAGGCAAAUACAGUGAAGUGUUUGAAGCCAUCAACAUUACAAAUAAUGAAAAAGUAGUUGUUAAAAUUCUCAAGCCUGUUAAAAAGAAGAAAAUCAAGCGUGAAAUCAAGAUCUUAGAGAACCUGAGAGGAGGCCCCAAUAUAAUCACCCUGGCAGAUAUAGUAAAAGAUCCUGUGUCCCGGACACCUGCCUUGGUAUUUGAACAUGUAAACAACACAGACUUUAAGCAAUUGUACCAGACAUUAACAGAUUAUGAUAUUCGAUUCUACAUGUAUGAGAUUUUGAAGGCUCUAGAUUACUGCCACAGCAUGGGAAUCAUGCACAGAGAUGUCAAACCUCACAAUGUCAUGAUUGACCACGAGCACAGAAAGCUUAGAUUAAUAGACUGGGGCUUGGCUGAAUUCUAUCACCCUGGCCAAGAGUACAAUGUCAGAGUGGCUUCCAGGUAUUUCAAAGGACCUGAACUCCUUGUAGAUUAUCAGAUGUAUGAUUACAGUCUGGAUAUGUGGAGCUUGGGCUGCAUGUUGGCUAGUAUGAUAUUCCGAAAGGAGCCAUUUUUCCAUGGCCAUGACAACUAUGAUCAGCUGGUGAGGAUAGCCAAGGUGCUGGGCACAGAGGAUCUCUAUGACUACAUUGACAAAUACAACAUUGAACUGGACCCACGUUUCAAUGACAUCUUGGGCAGACACUCCCGUAAGCGAUGGGAGCGUUUUGUGCACAGUGAGAACCAGCACCUGGUGAGCCCAGAAGCUCUGGAUUUCUUGGACAAGCUGCUGCGAUACGAUCACCAGUCCCGACUCACAGCCAGAGAAGCCAUGGAACACCCCUACUUCUAUCCCAUUGUGAAAGACCAGGCUCGGAUGGGCUCCUCCAACCUGCCAGGUGGCAGCACUCCUGUCAGCAGUGCCAGCAUGAUGUCAGGGAUCUCUUCAGUGCCAACACCUUCACCCCUCGGACCUCUGGCAGGCUCCCCUGUCAUCUCUGCCACCACCACCCUGGGGAUGCCUGUUCCAGCUGCUGCAGGAGCUCAGCAGUAGCCGGGGGCUCUGCUGCUGCCUGGGCUGAGAUGGGUGGGGAAGAGGCCUCUCCCCUCCACCCCUCCUGGGGGAGGCAGCUCUGGUGCCUGGCAGGGGCAGGGAGGGGAUUGACUGCUUUGGAGGCACCGUGUCUGAACUGUUGCUUGUGGAUUUAUAGUAGUUCAGUCAUUAUAUACAAAAUUAUUAUAGGCUGAUUUUUUUUUUUUUUUCCUUUUUCUUUUUUUACUUGAACUUUUCGUAACUCAGGGGAUUCCCUGAAAAAAAAAAAAUUACCUACAGAUGGAAUAUUUCUUUGGACAGUUGUUUCCUCUCCCUGCCCAACCCCCCACCCCUUUCCCUCCCUCCCUACUAAAAAAAAAAAAGAAAAAAAAAAAAAGGCACUCUUCAGUUAAGAGCAAAACUGAAUCCAACAGCAUUUCCAGGCUCUUGCAUCCUGCUGGAAAUAUUUUCCUGUUCCCACAUUACUCCUCCAUGAACACCUUGGAGGAUUGUGCUGUUCUCCAGAGACCAAGCCUGGGAGAGGCAGGGGAGGGGGAUCCCUAAAGCACCACUCACUGAACCCAUCACGUCCUGGGUGCUGCUCUGCCAGGGUAGCUGAGGAGACACUUCCAGGAUGGAGAGGUGGUUCUGGGCAUAAAAGAAACACAGAGAUAAUAUCUGGAACCCAAAUUGGAUCGAAUCAUGUCUCCUUAGGAGAGCCAGGAUGCCAACUCACCCCCUUGCAUGUCAUUUUAGUCUUAAAAGAUGAAGUUCCUGAUCCGACUGGAGUCCUCGCCACCUCUGGAAAACGGGGCUGCUGCAGAGCCAGCCCUGCUCUCCUCAGCCCCUUUUUCCUGCAGGGUUCUUCUGCCCUCGGCAGGGAUCUCUGGAAUCAGUUUGUUAUUGGGUAUAUUGUUUUUAAAUUCUUUAUAUAGGUUCGGAGCUGGUGGCUACUUAAAAGCUGGGAGAGAAAACACAACAGAACCGAAA